UGGUGGCGGCGGGCCGGGGGGGAGGAGGAGGAGGAGGAGGGCGAUCGACAACAAAGAGGACAGGAUGACCCGUGGUAAUCAACGAGAACUUGCUCGUCAGAAAAAUGCAAAAAAAUCAAGUGAGCAAAGUAAACGGAAAAGAAAGGAUGAUGGUUUAUCUGCUGCAGCCAGAAAGCAGAGGGAUGCUGAAAUAAUGCAGCAGAAACAAAAAGCAAAUAAAAAUUCUGCAGGAGCUAAUGCAGGAACUUCAAACUAACGCGCCCACAUCACUGGCACUCUACCUACCUUUCCUGGAUGGGUGCAUCUAACGAGCAACGCGGCUUUGUCUUCAAAUAUUGAACAUAUUUAAAACAUUGGGUUCCGAUACUUCAGAAAAUUGCAUUGUUGUACCUUUCUGUGGGAUUAUGCCAUGUUUUAAUGCAAAGGAACGUGUCUUGCUUGUAGAAUUGGUACUGAUGCAGUAUUAGACCUCGUGCUGUAAAGGUGCAUUUUUUGCAUGAGCAUAAUUUGAGGUAUUUCCAGUUUAAGCAGAAAAUAUGCUUGCAUUUGGAUUUGUGACCAGCCUUGUAUUUUUGUAUCAACGCUAACCCUUUAAAUUCUGUUUUAAUAAAGACAGCAUUUAAGUUGA